AUGAACGGAGACCACUACGACGACGACCCCGUCCUUGAAGCCAUCCGCUCCUCGUUCCGUUCGACGGAUGCCACCGCGACCACCAAUCACCCAUUCCUUGACUUCUUUCGAGAGGAUCCCAAUAUUGCGACCAUUUGCGGCCUGAGUGACUUCCUUUUCGAAGUAUCGCGCUCCAAUCCCCGCGACAUCGACAGCGUUCUCCUCGUUGCGCGCCAUGCAGAAGCCGAUGAAUCACUACCGACUGUGUAUUGGUCCCGAGAGCGACCAGCUGCAACGUUUGGUGAAGUAUUCUUUGUUGACUUUGGGGAUAAAGUGGGAGCGUAUCUUGAAGACGGGCCAUCAGACCGACGAUCAUUCCUCGCUGCCUCUCUUUUGUCGGGUCGAUCCAAGGCGCUUCAUGUCCUUAGCAGCCCAACUAACGCCGCAGCCAUCACCGAUGGCCUGAAGUUGUCGAAUUACUUUGAGUGGGACAAUGAUAUAGCUAGCACAGGCGUGGCUGGCGCAUGUCUGCAGCUUUUGGGUGGUUACAUAGACCUUCCUCACCCACCGGAAAAGGUUCUUGAAGCCUUGAAAAGUUUGAGCGUUUCCAGGGAAGAUGAGCCGGUACUCAAGUUCACAACAGCCAUCCUCGAAAGCCCGCAGCGACGAGACCUCAGUAAAUUCACUGUAGAGGGUCCCAAUCUGAUCCUCGAUGAAACGGCUCUUCUAUACCGACCCUUGGGUCUAGAAAACUGUCAGUUUCCUUUAGCAGCGCUUGAACGUCCACGAGGCCUCAAGGCUGACCAAAAACAUGAAUGGGAUUUCAUCACUAGAAAGUCGGGAAACAAGACUUUAUUACACCGCUCCCGGACACCGGCCAGAAGUUACCAACGAGGGAGUCAAACGGGUAAUAACCGAAGUUGUCCUCAGGCUCCGCUGGCGGAUGUUAAGGGAAAGCAAUGCCAAUGUCCUCGUCCUCGUCAGGGGCGGCCGGCUUCCGGAGUCUGA